GCGUACAGACACUCAAAAUGCGCGUCCCUUCCCGUGAGGGUUUUGGAAAACUGAAACUAGACGCCGACAAGAGGAAGAAAUGGAGAAGAAGAGCAAAGUACUGAUAAUUGGAGCAACUGGAAAUUUAGGAUAUCAUUUGGCACAGUUUAGCAUCAAAUUCAAUCACCCAACUUUUAUUCUUGUUAGGGACUCUGCUUUCAAUGACCCUGUCAAACUACAAAAACUAAAUUCCCUUUCUGAUGCUGGUGCCACAGUCCUCAAGGGUUGUUUGGAGGAUGCGGAGAAUCUAGUUGAGGCAUUGAAGCUAGUGGAUGUGGUGAUAUGUUCAAUUCCAUCCAAACAGGUUCUUGAUCAGAGGCUUCUUAUCAAAGCUAUCAAAGAAGCUGGAUGCAUCGAGAAGUUCAUUCCAUCUGAAUUUGGAGCAGAUCCAGAUAAAGUCCAAAUAUCCGACAUGGAUCAAAACUUUUAUUCAAUGAAAUCUGAGAUUCGACAUCUUAUAGAAGCUGAAGACAUUCCCUAUACUUACAUCUGCUGCAACCUCCUCAUGAGUUAUUUACUUCCAUCACUAAUUCAACCUGGUUUAAAGACUCCACCCAGGGACAAGGUCACAGUGUUUGGAAAUGGGAAUGUUAAAGGUGUCUUUGUGAAGGUGGAAGAUGUUGCUGCCUUCACCAUUUGUGCAAUAGAUGAUCCACGUACAUUGAACAAGGUGUUGUAUUUGAGGCCUUCAGGAAAUGUCUAUUCAUUAAAUGAGCUGGUUGAGAUCUGGGAGUCUAAGAUUGGGAAAAAGCUUGACAGGAUUUAUGUACCAGAAGACCAACUUCUUAAAAAAAUCAAAGAGACUCCAUAUCCAGACAACAUGACUCUGGUCUUUAUAUACUCUGUCUUUGUAAAAGGAGAUCACACAUACUUUGAUAUCGAGUCUUCUGGAGGGGUAGAUGGGACGCAACUAUAUCCACAUAUAAAAUACACUACAAUCAGUGAGUACUUGGAGACCUUAGUGUAAGAAUGGAGUGAUUUUGACUUCGAUCUUCUUCAUCUCCAUGCUACCUCAUUGAUUUAUGAGACUGUUGACUGACGUAACAUGUUUUGUCUGAAGCUGAUUGAAAUGUUAAGAAGAAACAUUUGCAGAAGGGGAAUUUGCUAAUUUGUGUUGGUAGAGCUCAUAUAAUGCACUAUUUGUAUAACGCAUAGAAUGCUUGAACUGAGUUGUUACCCAUAAGUAUUUGUCUUUUGAAAUAAAGGCCUAAUCAACCUUCAUAAUAA